ACAGGGUAGCAAAAAUAAAAUAUCACAGUCCAUUACUCCAACUGAUACAGAAUCACAUUCCGUCACAAAGGGUAGAAAUAAAAAAAAUAAAAAAAAGAGUUCGGGACAAAAGCGCACUAAACCAAAAAACGUGAAAAAUUUUUGUGUAUCCAAUGCCAUGACUACUUGGGCUGAGAAUUUCACAGUUGCUGCAACCUGGCAGCUGAAACACCAACUUGCGUAUUGGAAAGCGCGAGCAGUAUCCUUGCAAUACGAAAAUAAUGUGUUGCACGAUGUUAUUCGUAUAAAUCACCUAGAGGUGCCCACAACUAGUAAGAGCGCUGCUGUGGAAGAGUCUGACUGUUCAAGCGAGAAUUCUGAACACUCUGACUGCGAAGAAGAGGAAAAUGACACCAACUACAUUGAAAGUGAGUCUGGAAAUGAAGAACACAAAGACGAAGAUGUUGAAGUUAGCGAGGAGUUUAUACAGUUUCUAACGGCCAACGCAAAGUAUAAAGAGGACGCUAGACUAGAAAGGGAACGUUUUAAAGCUAAAUUAGAGGAGGAAUCAACACCAGAUCUACCAGAGUCCCAGGAAAGUGCAGAGGCUAAAAUAUCACGCAAUAAGGAGCUAUAUGGUGACAAAUAUAAAAGAAUUAUAGCACUCGAAAUGUACCUUAUGUCGGACUUUCAAAAUGAGUUGGAUAAACAUAAAUCUGCCUACUGGCCUAACAUACCAUUUAAUUUUAAUAGCUGAUAUAAUAUGAGUUAUACUACUGUACAGUUUUUCCUGUUAGUUAUGUACAUAAUACUUGAUUUUUAUACUUGUUACGACAAACAGCGCAUCACUGCCCUUCAUACCUUAUUGAAAGUAAUGGUGCUGCCUAACGUGAAGGCCUAAAAAGUUAGAUCCACUCUUGAUAUGAAAUUCUACAUGAAUGACAAAAUUGCAGUUGCCAAUGGUGCUAUGUUUAUAGACUCCACAAUCUCCCAGAAUAUCAAAAUCUACAUGGAACCAUUGCGUCCAAUGAUUAGUAUAUGAGCAUCCUUCUUAAAAUAGUAAAACUACUAAUUGGACAAUUGUUAAAGUCAUGAUGAAUAUAUUAUCAGCCCAUUACAGAGCACAGGUCUCCUCAGAAUGAGAAUUCUUUAUGCAAAUUCAAAUUCAAAUUCAUUUAUUUCAAGUAGGCAUACUUUAUAAGCACU